AUGGCCGAAAACAUUGAGGAUCUUAUUCUCCCUGACAUCCCCAAGGAGCUGGCGCAGCAGUUCAACCUGAUUGAGCAGAAGUUCGUGCGUGCUGAGGUUGAUCAGAUCCGCAACGGCGUCACUCGUUUCCGCCCCAUCCUCAAAGAACGCGACGAGGCCAUCGCCAACUCCGCUCUCAAAGAUUCCUUCUGGACCCAGGUGUUCGCCAACGCGCCCCCGGAUGUCGACGAGUAUGUGCUCGAGUCCGACGCCGCCGUUCUCGGCAUCGCACUGAAGAGCCUUUCCGUUGAGCGCUUCGAGGUUGACGACCAGGGCAACGGCGAGCCGCGCAGCUUCCGUCUCACUCUUGAGUUCCGGCCCGAGGAUAACGAGUCCUUCGAGAACGAGAAGCUGGUUAAGGAGUUCUACUGGCGGAAGCAGAUCACGCGCUCGCCUUCUGGCGCGAAGCGAUCGUGGGAAGGCUUGGUCUCGGAGCCCGUGCGCAUUAACUGGAAGGAGGGUCAGGAUCUGACCAAGGGGCUGCUGGACGCGGCGUGUGAUCUUGCCGAGGCCGAGAAGAAGAACAAGGGUGAUCGCAAGGAGUUGCCGGAGUUCAAGAAGCUGCAGAGCAAGAUCGAGGAGGCCGCUGAGGCGACGAACGACGAGGGCAAGGAUGCCGACGAUGAUGACUUCUCGUUGGGUGCCUUGAGCCCCGCCGGAACGAGCUUCUUCUCCCUCUUCGGGUAUCGCGGACGGUCCGUUACCGCGGAGGAGUCCAAGGCUGCCACGAAGGAGGAUGACGAGCGAUUCCAGAAGCUAGUCAAGGGUGAGCAGGUUGAGGAGGACGACGAGGAGGAGGAUGAGGAUGAUGACGAGGACACCGAUGAGGCGAUCGAGAUCUUCCCCGAUGGCGACGAGCUCGCGAUCGCCCUGGCAGAGGACCUGUACACUCACGCCUUCAAGUACUUCGGCGGGGCUGCCGACGAUGACGCCAGCGAACUCAUGGAUGGAGAGGACGACGAGAGUGAGGACGAGGGUGAGGAGAGACCCCGCAAGAAGACCAAGGUCUAA